AAAACUUAAAUUUGUGAUUGCCUUAUGUCUAUGAAUUUAUUAAAAAUUUAAUUUCGUUAAGUGUUUUGUUUUUUCGUGAUAUUAUUUUUUAGUUCAACUUUUUCUUGAUAUGAUUAUUCAUUAUUUAUAUAGGGAAUAGAGUUUUUUAUUUUUUAUUUUGCAAUCAUAGAGUUUUACCAUAGACGAACGCCUUUUAUUCGUCGUGGCGAACGAAACCCUAAUCAUCACUUCUCCACUUUUGUUCGUCAUCCUCUUCAAAAUUUCUUCAAUUUGAUUCUGCAAUUUCCUUUAUCUCUCUCUGGAUUAAGUUUCAAUUUCUUCUUAGCCCGCCAUGGAUGCUCAGCGAGCUCUGUUGGACGAACUAAUGGGCGCAGCUCGUAAUCUGACAGACGAAGAGAGAAGAGGGUUCAAGGAGGUUAAGUGGGACGAUAGAGAAGUAUGUGCAUUCUAUAUGGUUCGAUUUUGUCCUCAUGACCUCUUUGUUAACACGAAAAGCGAUCUUGGAGCAUGCUCGAGAAUUCAUGAUCCAAAGUUGAAAGAAAGCUUCGAGAACUCUCCGAGGCAUGAUUCCUAUGUGCCUAAAUUCGAGGCUGAGCUUGCACAGUUUUGCGAGAAGUUGGUGAAUGAUCUUGAUAGGAAAGUUAGGCGUGGGCGAGAACGUCUUGCACAAGAAGUUGAACCGGUUCCACCACCUUCUCUAUCAGCAGAGAAAGCUGAACAAUUGUCUGUCUUGGAGGAGAAAGUUAAGAACCUUUUGGAACAAGUGGAAGCACUUGGUGAAGAAGGCAAAGUGGAUGAAGCUGAAGCGCUAAUGAGGAAGGUGGAAGGGCUAAAUGCUGAGAAGACAGUGUUGUUACAACGACCAACUGACAAGGUACUCGCGAUGGCUCAGGAGAAGAAGAUGGCAUUGUGUGAGGUUUGUGGUUCAUUUCUUGUGGCUAAUGAUGCAGUAGAAAGAACACAGUCUCAUGUCACUGGAAAGCAACAUGUUGGCUAUGGCUUGGUUCGGGAUUUUAUUGCUGAACAAAAAGCUGCUAAAGAUAAAGGAAAGGAAGAAGAAAGACUAGUAAGAGGAAAAGAAGCAGAUGAUAAGAGGAAACCAAGGGAGAAGGAAAGCGAGAGUAAGAGGAGUGGUUCUAGUGAUAGAGAAAGAUAUCGUGAUCGAGACCGAAACAGAGAUGGUGACAGACACAGAGACCGUGGUAGAGAUUAUAGAAAGCCUUAUGACAGGAGAUCGAGGAGUGGGAGAGAGGACCGAGAUCGAAGCAGGUCACGAUCUCCUCAUGGAAGGUCUGGUCACAGAAGGGUGUCGAGAAGCCCCAUUCGCCAAUACUAGUUUGAGACCCUCGUGGAAGGUCUGGUCACGAAAGGGUGUUGAGAAGCACCAUUUGCCAGUACUAGUUUGAGAUAAGGUGUUGUCACUAUGUCUUGGGGCCAGGAACUUUGCAAAUUAAUGAGGUAGACAAUGUGAUACCCCCUUUGGUUUCAUAAGCAUGUGUUGUCUUUUGGAACUUCCUUGUUAAAAUUUAUGGAUAAAAUUUGUCUUUCUACCGGAUCACAGCUAUUCUAAGAGUUUGAGACCUUACCGAUUCUCCUUCAUCGGUUAUUUGUUAAGAGGUCAAAAGCGUUGAGGUAGGUAUUACCCGUAAAACUUUUACAUUUUCAUUGUAUUUCUCGAUACUUGAGAUGCUAUAGCGUCAUUUUAUUUUAUUUUUGUCUUUUGGUACACCAUUUCAAGUUUGAUAUACCUUUCUGAUUUAAAGAAUACAGAAUCGGGAUUGUUGGGAUCGAAUGACACGAAUCUAUUUGAGGUAACAAAUAUACAACAGAAGUCAUCCUUAAUAGAAGUUUUGGGUUUUGAAUUUGGUUUAUUUUCUUCGAGUUCUCUGUCUGCACUUAGGUGUAUACACAGAAGGAAUGAUAAUCUUUGGCUUUGGGGUUAGGUAUAACUGUUGCAUUUCUUGGAAUCUAGCCUUCAAUGGAUUGGUCUGCAUGAUAUCUGAUUUCUAUCGGGUAAACUCACUCCGUUGUUUAUGAACUUUUAAUAAUCUUUUCCAAACUCCAAGGCUAGAGCAUUAUAGUAAAACAGUAGGUAAGGUAUUCUCUGGUGGGAGCAAGAACUGUUUUGGUGGUCUGUGUUGAGGUUCCAAGAACAGCUGUGUUGUUGGUCUACCACAAAGCCGGAUGGCGUCUUUGUAAUCCUGGCUUAAAUCCUGAUCUAAACAUUUACAACUUUGUCUUUUUUUUUUUUUUUUUUUUUGCCGAUUUCUCCUCUACAGUCUAUUUGAUUCAAACAAGAGCUCAGCAUAUGAAACCAUUGUUUCGGGGCUCCUGGUUUGCAGCUAUAGAUAAGCUUCUUUUAUAUGGCAAACUUGUAAGAAUGACGCAACAUUUGUCAAAAUAAAAGUUGUUGAUGAGAGUUGAAGAGCAUGCAAUAGUUGGAUAUGAAGAGC